AUGAAGCAAGACGAUAAACCGGCGUCGAAGAUGUUGGUGGUAUACGGGGGUGGUGCUGUUCUACUUGUUUGCAGCGUGGCGAUGGUCAUGGCCAACAAAUGGGUGCUGAACUCGACGACGACGCCUCUAUUCUUUCUCUGGGUCCAGUUGGCGAUAGCAGCUAUGCUGUUUAUGAUCUGCAAUAUUCUGCGAAUUUUGCCAGACCGCCUUACCUUCGACCUCCAGACCUCUAAGGGUCUGUUCCCCAUGAUCGCCUUGAAUGUGCUCGGUCUAAGUUUCAGCAACUACACUCUCAAAUACGUCGAUGCCUCCUUUUACCAAGUCGCUCGCGGUCUCGUCCUCCCAUUCACUGUCGCAACCUCGUUCAUCUUCCUUCAUGCCCGUCCAUCCCUUAAAAUCCUCUUUGCGUGUCUCAUUGUCACCUUGGGCUUCUUUAUCGGCGUCUUCUUGGACGGAACGCCUGUUUCUGUUGCUGGUGUUUUGUUCGGCGUUGCUAGUUCAGCCAUCACCGCCAUGCACUCCGUCGUCAUCAAGCAAAGCCUCAAGGUCGUCAACGGAAGUGCCCUGGCUUUGUCCUGGUACAUGAAUUCUCUCAGUGCCAUCUUGCUGGCCCCGAUCCUCAUCUUGGCGGGUGAAGGUCCUGAUGUUUUGAAGCUGAUGUUCAGCGCGCCUAUCGCCGAGGUUGGCAGAAUGAGCCCGUUGAGGACCUUCGUCUGGGGUUCGCUGAUCACUGGUGUUCUUGGGUUCUUGAUGAGUAUUGCCAGCCUCCUAUCGAUCAAGGUGACCUCCCCCAUUACCCAUAUGGUUUCCUCCGCCGUUCGAGGUGUUGCUGCUUCCCUUCUCGGCCUUUGGCUCUUCCACGAUAUCAUCACCACUGGCCGAGCCUCUUCCAUCGCCAUCAUUCUCGCUGGUUCUGCACUCUAUACAUGGUUCAAGCACCAAGAAUCGGCCCCUUCUAAACCUCCUUCAGCUACCGCUUCUCGACGUGGAUCGUACGAGCGUGUUCCUAUGGACGACAUCGAGAAAGGCGAAUACGACAUGGCCAGCAAACCUCGGUAA